UGUGCGUUGAGGUGAAGAAAAAUUUGACGACGCAGAUCUCAAUGUCAAAACAAAUUGUGCAAUUCUGUGUGUUUGGCAUAAUCCCUAAAGUAUUUUUACGUAAAAUUAUAUUAUUAAGUGCUUUAAUUUCGUUAAUAGAAGGUGAAUUGAACUCAUAAAUCCUCCUCCAAGAUGAUGCGCUACGAAGGAAGCGAACAACUGGCCGACAAAACAGCCUGCGCCAGAGUACGAGCCGACUUGAAAAUGUGCCUGCUGGAGAGCGAUUGUUGCAAGAAGGAACGUAAACUUCCCCGUGAGUGUUUGGCCCGCAGGGACGAUACCGUUCCGGAUCAAUGCCGUGCCCUGCAGAACACAUUCUUCGAGUGCAAACGGUCAAUGUUGGACAAUCGACAGCGAUUCAGAGGACGAAAAGGUUAUUGAAGUAGGACGGUGCAGGUAUUUUUUAUUUCGUCCUUUCAUAUUAGAGCUUGUUUUGCGUACCCAUAUAAAUGACUGUUAUCAAUUAAACACACCAAAUUAGUUCUUA